AUGGAGUAUAUUACACCAGAAGGGUAUCGCGUCGACGGUCGCCGACCGACUGAAAUGCGUAAAUGUGAGAUGGAACUGGGUUUUGAGAAGUCUGCGGAUGGGUCUGCUCGUGUUCGGAUGGGGAACACGUUGGUUGAGGCUGUUGUCAGUGGACCGAUGGAAGGGAAGAGGAGGAACCACGACUCGGCUGAAUUGAAAGUCUUCUUUUCACAAGCGACUUUUGCGACGAGGAGGAGACGUGAGAGGAUGUUUGACCGCAACAUGGCGGAGACGUCUGAGUUAUUAAAACAGAUGUACGAGCAAGUAGUGUUAGUCAAACAGUUACCUGAGACGUCGAUAGAAAUUCGUGUUCAAGUCUUACAAGAUGAUGGGAGUGUUAAUGCUGCAGCUAUUAAUGCGUGUACAUUAGCAUUAAUUGAUGCAGGUAUUCCUAUGAGUGAUAUUGUCUCAUCGGCUGAAGGGGGGUACAUCAGUGGUCGAAUGGUUGUUGAUAUGGGAAAAGAUGAAGAAAAUGCGGGGACGGUCUUUAAUGUUCAUACUGCUGUUAUGCAUAACAGUGGUACUGUUGCUAUAUUGCAGACGGAAGGGAAAAUGCCAUUAAAGCGACUUGGGGAGUUGUUAUCUGUAGUUGAAGAAGGUGCAAAGGAGGCGGGUAUCCAGAUGAAAGAGAAAAUUAUGGAAUAUGGGAACAAGGUGAUGCAAUACCAAAACAUCUGA